AAAAAAUCUAUGUUUAAUGCUUACCAAAACGAUGUUGUGUCUGCUUACCAAGUACGAGAACUCUGAGUGAGAUGAUUAUAAAACCUAUGACCAACCAAACAAACCCGUUGCAAGCAACUCAAAUACCCUAAAUCCUCUAUACCACGAGUUUGUACGGAUAGUAUUAAAUGGAGGAGGAGAAGAAGAGCAGAGUUUUGAUCAUCGGAGCAACAGGACGAUUAGGGAACUAUUUGACCCGUUUCAGCAUCCAAUCGGGUCACCCGACUUUCGCCCUCUCCAGACACUCUACUCUCUUCGAUAACCUGAAAUCUCUCUCCGACGCCGGCGUUACUCUCCUCAAGGGUUCAUUAGAGGAUGAAAGAAGCUUAGAGGAAGCAGUGAGUAAAGUAGAUGUGGUGAUCUCUGCAAUCCCAUCAAAACAUGUUCUUGAUCAGAAACUCCUCAUCAAAGUCAUCAAACAAGCUGGUUCUAUCAAGAGGUUUAUUCCUGCUGAAUAUGGAGCAAAUCCUGAUAAAACACAAGUCUCAGAUCUUGAUCACGGUUUCUAUUCUAAGAAAUCUCAGAUCAAGCGUAUGAUUGAAUCAGAGGGUAUUCCGUAUACAUACAUUUGCUGCGGAUUGUUCAUGAGAAUUCUACUUCCUUCGCUUGUGCAACCGGGUCUUCAUUCUCCUCCAAUCGAUAAAGCCACAGUUUUUGGAGAUGGAAACGUUAAAGCUGUAUUCGUGAAUGACGUUGAUGUUGCGGCAUUUACCAUCAAAACGAUAGAUGAUCCUCGAACACUGAAUAAAACCUUGUACCUAAGACCACCCGAAAACAUAUGUUCCAUGAAUGAUCUUGUUCAUCUCUGGGAGGGCAAGAUUGAGAAGAAGCUUGAGAAAACUUUUGUUACAGAGAAUCAACUUCUCAAGAAGAUCAAAGAGACUCCGUAUCCGGAUAACAUGGAGAUGGUCUUCAUAUACUCUGUCUUUAUCAAAGGGGAUCAUACAUACUUCGAUAUCGAGUCGUCAGGUGGGGUGAAUGGUACUGAGCUUUACCCUGAUGUCAAAUACAUGACCGUGAGCGAGUUUCUUCAUACUCUUCGCUAGGAUUCUAACCAAAUAGCAAAAAGGCAAUCACAUUUUGUCUCAUAGUAUUUCAGAGAUCUCUUUACACUUCUGUAACAUUUCUGUUUCUUGAGGAACCCAUCUCUCUAGUAUUAUUUUUACCCAAUUGAUCUGUGCUUGGAAAGAGUGUAAGACAAUUGCUUCUGAAAUUUUGAUGAUGAUUAAAAGAACCAAAUUUAUCAGUUA